AGACAUCAAACCUCCAAAACUGCUCCACAAAACAAAACCCAUUAGCGUUCCUCUAUAAUUUUUCCUCGUACAAUCCUACCCUUUGGAGCAAAAUAUUGAUAAAAGAAGGUAGUGAUAGAGAUGAAGGUAGCGCUAUCAAAUUUUGCCACUGCAAUGGUAAUCUUUUCCAGCAUGAAUGCGGUGCUUGGGAUCAGAUUUGUGAUUGACAGACGUGAAUGUUUCUCUCACAAUGUUGAGCACGAAGGGGAUAGAGUUCAUGCUUCAUUUGUUGUCAUCAAGAUUGAUGCAUCUUGGCAAUUUACUGAUGAUGGUGUAGACCUUGAGGUGAGGGGACCAGCUGGUGAACCAAUUCGAGAUUUUCUUGACGUGACAAGUGAAAUAUUCGAAUUUGUGGCUCGAAGCACUGGACCCUAUCGCUUCUGCUUCAAUAACAGGUCUCCCUAUCAUGAAACAAUCGAUUUUGAUGUCCACAGUAACCACGUUGAGUUUUCUGAUCAUCAUGCAAAAGAUGAGCAUUUAGCUCCUUUGUUUGAAGAGAUAGUAAAGUUAGAACGAGCUCUUUUCAACAUUCAGUAUGAACAGCAUUGGCUUGAGGCUCAGACAGAACGCCAGGCAAUAGUGGGCAGUGCAAUGAGCUCGAGAACGAUUCACAAGGCGCUACUUGAAUCAGCAGCACUAAUAGGUGCCAGCGCCCUCCAAGUUUAUCUUCUUCGUCGCCUCUUUGAACGAAAGCUUACUGUUUAGGAUGAAUUUUGUUGGCCUUUAUAUAGGCUACAGUCACAUAGCAUGCAUUGGAUGUUGGAACAGAACCACCUCAUUGAAGAUGGGCAUUAUUUAGUAGCUUGGCUCUUCUAUUUAGGCAGAUGGGCAUGUUUUGCCCACUAAUGCUAGAGUCAUGUUGACGUUCCUGCCUCCAAGCUUACUAGUUAGUCCAGUCCUCUUAGAUUUUCGCAUUCAAAGAGGACGAAAUAAAUGAUAAAUAAUAGUCAGCUGAAUUCUUUGAAA